AUUCUCUGUCACCAUUCGCUAUCUCGCGGUCUACGGCUAGAACGCUUAGCCUUUGAAGACCUUUCGAGUGAGUGUUUUGUUGAACAUUCAUUACCUGCAGUGUGACGUGACUAGGGCGCUUAUCGACCCAGCCCCGAUGAUCUGACCGAAAGGCCGCCGCCAUUUGCUGUCAUCUCGGAACCUUGACUAUCAACCCGUCUUGAGCAUGGCAACCCUAACGAGAAGCGACCAAUCCCAUGGUUCCUAUGUUAAGCUGGAGCCUGGAAUAACGAUCACUUACCCUGCUCUAUCAACAGAGUGGACGGUCCUUCAAGCGUUUCGAUUGCACCAUCAGCGGCUUGAACGUAAGACUAAGUACCAGCCGUUAAGAAGGUCCCUCCAAGGUAUCAGUACCAUCAAAUGGCAAAACGACCUUGCUUUGUUUGACACCCAUCUCCGCCACAUUUUGACCAGGGGCGACUUAGACACGAUUGUCAAGCAUAAGCUCAAAGAACAAGAACAAAUUGCUCAAUCACAGCUUGUGUCAAUUUGUACCUUGCUCAACCGUUUGACAAAUUCACAGCUUUUGUUGGGACUCUUUGAAGAUGCAAACUUCAACGAGCAAGACAGUCCUUAUCCGAGACUCUUGUUGCUGGCUCAAAUUCUCAACGAUACUGAGUGGAGUUUUGACUUGACAACAGGACAGAGACGGGUCCUUUUUGUUCUGGACUCAGAACAGGACGCAUAUGAGGCAAGCAAUAUCGUUCGGACUUUCGAUGAAUUUUUCUCUCAAGUCAUGCUACCCAUGCGUGUUGAGAAAGUUCAACAGCCGACUUCGGAAGCAUGUGAGUCUCGUCUCGGGUUAAGAGACCGAGCUGUCAAAGGGCUUGAAUACUUGUUCCUUCGUGUCCCGCAGGGCCAGUCUCAAGUUUGCCAGGGUCAUAGGAUCCUAAUUAAGUUGCCCGAUUGGGAUACCAUUGACAGACCCCCAGAACCGGAAACAGCGUUGGAACUUUUCUUUUCAACCUGUGCCAGUUCAAAAGAGUGGCAUCAGGCAUGGUGUGCAGUUCGACCAACAGCGGAAAGCGAUGAUGAGUAUGUCUGCGAUUUUUGUGACGAUCUGAGAGACGCGAAGACGAGUGGGAAUGUCUUUCGAUUUAUUGCUAGGGACAACAACUUGUUCAUAUCAUCAAACGAUGAUAACCAACAACGCGCUCGGCCAAACUGCCAUCCUACCAGGUCACUGUAUGAUCUUAUAGAGAAUCAGAGCUUCUGUGAAUCACGGAACAUCAACCCGUUCAUGCCUCCGAUAAAAACACAGCGUUUCAACGAAAAGAAGAGACGGGCCCUCGCUUCACGACUUGCAUUGAGCCUAUCGCUAUUCCUCAACUCAGAUUAUGUUUUGAAUGCAUCCGAGGCGACUACUGUCUUUUUUGUUCUCGAGAAUGGCCGGUGCGAGUUGGAUCUAGUGUACGCUACUUCAGCUGCCAAUAAUCACAACCAGAACACAGCAUUCAACGAGUCAAUGUCUUUAUACAACAACCUUGCCAGGAUACUUCUAGAGAUAGAGUACGGGUUUUCGUUGAAAAGUUUAGAACUCGAAAAUAUGAAGACUUGGGUGAACAAUAGACUAAUAUUAGGCUAUGAGGAGUCGGGCAGCGAGGACGAUAUUAACAUCAAAGAUACCGAGGCGAGGAUUUCGUAUUUAACAGCGGUUCGAGACCUCUUGAACUUUAAAAAAACAUACAGAAAAGGGUCCCGUCGGUUCAAGGGCAUUCUUUUUGACAUUGGGGCCAUCGCUAGUGAGGUAAUCUUCUCGGAUGUUGCGGAGCGGCUUCGAAGUUGCAUCGAGCCAACACAACUGCGAGUUUCAGGGCUUGAAAGCUCUAAAGAAGAGCUCCUAACUCCUACCGAGGAUAAUGACAGCAUGCGGACGAUGAAAGAGAGAAAGGUUGUUAUGAGAUCAACCGUGCGGACAAUGGCAUUCAAGAAUCGGGCAACACCAUUUCAGCUGUUUGACGACAAAGACGAGUUUGAAGAGGACAAAGGGCUAGCUGCGAAAGCUGACUUCUUCUUCACUCAACUGAAGCAGUUUCACAAGAGCUGCGAAGAGCGAGCUACCUUUAUGCAGUCCAUUUCACGGUUUUCACCCAAGCCUGUUCGCAUCGCUGUGCUUGAUACCGGCAUCAAUAAGACUAGUGGUGCCAUAAGAGGAGGAUUAAGAACACACCGCAUCCAACAUCAGAAUUGUCGCAGUUGGGUGGGCAAUGACUCUAAUGACGUUCACGACCAUGACGGCCAUGGAACAAGAAUUGCGGAGCUCAUCCUUCGAGCUGCCCCCGAGGCUGACAUUUACAUUUGUAAAGUUUUUAACGGCCGCAGUCUUCUUCCAGAUGAGGUCGAAGGCAUCGCAAAAGCUAUCACCUACGCGGUUGAUGUUUGGGACGUUGAUAUCAUCUCAAUGUCCUUCGGGCUUACCUCUGACAGCCUGAUAAACGAUACUAAACUCAAAGUUGCAUAUAGAGAUAUCGACACAGCAAUCGAAAACGCCAAGUCUACGAUCUUUUUGGCUGCAGCUGCAAAUCAUGGUAGCCACGGCCCCAGAACAUUUCCUGCAAAUCAUGACUCUGUGAUCUGCAUCCAUGCUUCAGACGGAAAUGGAAAGGAUGGAGGGAUCAGCCCAGAUCCCGAAUCUACAGACGAUAACUUCAUGAUUUUAGGUAUAGCACUUGAGCUUGGAGAUGGACGGAAAUCGGGAACAAGUUAUGCUGCACCUAUGGCAGCUUCCAUGGCUGCACACAUCAUAUACACUGCGGAAAACCUUUUGGAUCUGACUGAUACUGCGAAAUAUCGGUUAAGAACUGGACGUGGGAUGCGAGAGAUGUUUCGCCUGAUGUGCGGGCGUAACUGUACUGGGGGAUACCGCUUUCUCGCGCCAUGGGUCGAACUUUGGACAAAGGAUUGGCACCUUGAUCAUGACAGGAUCAAGUUCAUUGAGACUAGGAUUCUAACUACAGAGGUGUUUAAAUUCUAGUUAUCGUGAUAAAUACAGCCUCCACAU